CUCUCACCUAGUGGUUAACAUUUUUUCCGACGGCUUCAUUGACAACCAAAUUCUCUCUCUCUAUCAAAUUCAUUAUCAAAUUCCACACUCUUAAAUGUUGUGAUUAAAAUAAUACAUAGCUUUUUCAAUAAUGGCUUAGAUAGGCUGAUCAGCCCCACAAACAUUUGUCCUCAUCUUCCUCGAGCCACACAUCAUCUGAGAGCCACACAUUAUCCCAGAGGUUCUCACCAUCCUAGAGCUACACACCAUCUCAAAGGUCCUCAUCACACAGCCACAAGAUGCUGGUCCCUAUAUUUUCACUGAAGCUGAACCAUAAAGUUAUUCCCCGCACUGUUGCUGUGGGUCACUAUGAUGGGACACACCCUGCCCUCACAUGUGCUACCGCUGCUGGAAAGGUGUUGAUACACAGCCCCCACACCCACCAGCAGAACCCAGGGGAAGAUUCCAGCAUCAACCUGCUCAACAUAAACCAACAAGUGACCUCCCUGGCCACAGGGCUCCUGGACCCAGACAACGAGGGGGAGGUCCUCGUUGUGGGCACCCCCACCAAUGUGCUGGCUUAUGACAUCAACAACAACAAGGAUAUCUUCUACAAAGAUAGUCCAGAUGGAGCCAACGCAAUAAAAAUUGGGAGGAUUGGAUCCAUACCAUCACCACUAGCUAUAGUGGGGGGAAACUGCUCCAUUUUAGGCUACAACCAGCAGGGGGAAGAUAACUUCUGGACAGUCACAGGGGACAAUGUGCAGUCUCUGUGUUUGAUGGACUUUAAUGGGGAUGGCCAAAAUGAGCUGAUCGUGGGGUCCGAGGAUUACGACAUACGAGUGUUUAAGGAGGACGAAAUCAUCGCUGAGAUGACAGAAACUGAGGUGAUCACCUGCCUGUCUAACCUGAUGGGCACCAGGUUUGGCUACGCCCUGUCCAAUGGAACUGUAGGCGUGUAUGAGACACAGUCGCGCUGCUGGAGAAUCAAGUCUAAAAACAAAGCUGUGGCCAUUCAUGGAUUUGAUCUUGAUGGGGAUGGUGUGCAGGAGCUGAUUACAGGCUGGAGUAAUGGCAAGGUUGAUGCCCGCAAUGACAGAACUGGUGAAGUAGUUUUCAAAGACAAUUUUAGUCAUUCAUUAGCCGGCAUUGUACAGGCUGACUAUCGCAUGGACUCUAACUCCAGAUCAGAGCAGCUGAUGUGUGUGUCUGUGGAGGGAGAAGUCAGGGGAUAUAACCCAGCCGCAGGGGCUACUGCUCUGAUGGACUCAAAUGUUGAACAAGAUACUAUCAGAGAGUUGAGCCAAAGGAAACAGAACCUGAUGUUGGAGCUGAAAAACUACGCAGAAAACUCACGAGUGGCAUUGUCAGGGGAGGCCGUGGGAUUUGCUGCAGCCCAUGCUGCGGAGAUGGACAAGAAUGGCCCUGGCCAGGGAAAAUUUCCAUUUGCUGGCCUAAAGGGAUUGCAGGCUGGGGGCGGAGUGGGCUUUGAUACAUCUGGAGUUGGGGCCGGGGACAGUCAGUCUGUGUCCAGGCCAGGGCUGGCUGGGCCACUCAUGGGGCCAGGGGCACAGAUUGGGCUGGCUACCCUAGGGACACAAGGGCCCCCCUUUGGACUGACUGCACAAGGGCCCCCCUUUGGACUGACAACACAAGGGCCCCCCUUUGGGCGGCUAUCACCAGCUGGUCAAGCACAAAAUUUUAAACUUGGAGCCAUGGGAGAAGUGGGCAAAAGUUCCAUGGGCAUGAUACCUGCUAACACCCAGCUGCAGACAACCCUGUCAGUCCACCCAGGUGAUCAAACACAGCCAGCUCAUGUGGAACUUUUUAUCACUACCACCAAUGAAACCAUCAUUAAAGCUGUUCUUAUAUUUGCUGAAGGAAUUUUUGAUGGGGAAUGUCAUGUUGUCCACCCUAACGCUGCCUCCCUGACCAACUCUGUCCGAGUGCCCAUCAUCCCACCCAAAGAUGUGCCCGUGGACCUGCACAUCAAGACACUUAUAGGGCAGAAGAACAGCACACACUUCCAUGUGUUUGAGCUGACCAGGGAACUGCCCAGAUUCUCCAUGUAUCUACUGGCCAGCAAUGACCUGCCUGACCCCAGGAGCUCCGUCCACUUUACCUUGAAUGACCGGCCACAAAGGUUUUUGAUGUGGAUUAACCAGAACUUUCUGGUGCCAGAUGAACUGACCUGCGAGGGUGACCUCCACUACACCCUGGUCAGCAUGCGAGAGUCUGGCACCCUGCGACUGCGCAUGUCACAGACCGGUCAAGUGGCCAUCCACACGGAGGACAUGAACCUAGCAGGGGACAUCAUCCAGUCUCUGGCACAGUUCCUCAACAUUGAAGACUUGCAGACCACAGCAGACUUCCCCGUGGAGAUUGAAAACCUGAAGAUGGUUUUAGUUAAGGUGGAUGAGUUCCAUAAAGUCAGGACAAAGCUGACCGCUGAGAUGGCUGACCACUCCAACCUGAUACGUAGCAUGGUGGUCAGGGCUGAAGAUGCUCGUAUCAUGGGGGACAUGAAGAGUAUGAGGAAAGGUUACAUGGAGCUGAAUGACCUCAACCGUGACCUAAUUGCUGGCUACAACAUCAGGUGCAACAACCACCAGGAGCUGGUCUCUUGUCUCAAGAUGGUCAACCAGGUCAUACAGAAGGCAGGACGCUUGAGAGUGGGCAGGUACAAGACACAAGUGAUUGCCUCUUGUCGUAACGCCAUCAAAAACAACAACACACCCUCGCUCUUCAAGAUCAUCCACACCGGUGUGGAGUGAGGAUCUCACCUCAAGGUCAUCAUUUAGGGUGGGGGAGGGUGUGGAGGUAUUUUUGUGGAAACAAGUUCUAUAGUUGAGAUGUUAUUCUCUGAAUGCUGUGAGACAGUUUAUGGAAACAAGUUCUGUCGUUGAGAUGUGGUUCUGUGAAUGCUGUGAGACAGUUUAGAAUGAUUUUCUCUCACCAUGUUGCUGCUGUAUGAUGCCACUUGUUGAUUGCUCCAGAUUUUUUUAUCUUCAGGUUGUAUGAACAUUGUGUUGUUUUCUUAUUGAAUGCACAAAAUUGUGACCUUUGAACUCCUAAAUGUUCUCACCUGUUGUGUGUUGGAUGGAUUGUAAGACAGAUUUAGUGAGUGAAAGAAACCCUUGUUUAUUGUUUGUCUUUAUAAAGCCUGCUGUAACCGUCCUGUUUUAGUGUAUUGAUUUUGGCAGUGUAUGAUGUACUUAAUGGUGAGGUGCAUCUUUGAUGUGCUUCUUACUGUAGAAUUUAUCAACAUUUUCUUCAAACACCUUUGUCACACACCUGCAUCAAACACCAUCACACACCUUUAUCAAACACCUUUGUCACACCUGCAUCAAACACCUUUGUCAAACACCAUCAAACACCUGCAUCAAACAACUUCAUGACACACCAGCAUAAUUUAAAAAAAAUAAUUUUCAGUGUCAGGUUACUGUCUGCUAGGUCUGUCUCUCCAGUAUUUGAACUGUGUGUGUGUGAAUCUGAUGUGUGUGUGUGUGUGUGUGCGUAUGUGUGUCAGCACAUCUAGUGUGUUUGUCAGUGUGUGAAUAUGUAAAUCCAGUGUCCUGUAAACACACCACAAAGACCUACUGUAAGAUCUUUGAUGCCAUAAGUUUGUUUUUAUCCGUCCAGAAUGAUAUAUUUCGUACUGUAAGAUCUGUUCAUGUACACUAUUUUAAGAUAUGUUGUAUGUUUAGACUUUAAAAUAAAUUUUCUACUAAAACUAACAUAAUAAUGUCAUGUAUGUUGUUUAGAUUGCUAAUGUCACAUACAGUGAUGUUGUACUAAUGUCAGGUUACAUUUUGUUGCAAAUGUUAAAAGCUGGGUUAAAAAUAAAUAAA